AUGGACACCCUGCCGAAAGCGUUCACUAAAAAGAAUGAAAAUGGCUGGAACCCGUCUGUCGAUCUCUCGAAACACAUCAAGUUUGGAAUCAUGGUAACAAAGGUGGAAAACGUUGAACAUGUUAAGGACAAGAAAGCCAAGAUGGUCAAGGUUACUGGAGAAAGCACAAGUACGGGACACAAGGAAACAUUUGAAGGUGAUGCCGUUAUUCUGACAUUACCGCUACAAAUCCUGCGACAGCUCGAUAUACCGUUCAGCAUUGAAAAACAAAAAGCCAUUUCGCAAAUUUCGUAUGCUGCCUCUACAAAGAUAAUGCUGCAAUGCAAGAAAAGAUUCUGGCAGAAAGACGUAGGUCAUGGAGGUUUCAGCAAAACUGACAUGAUGAUCGGACAGUUACAUUACCCGGAUUACGACAGCUCCGGAAUUGGAGACAACGAAAGAGGAGUGCUGAUGGUAUAUACUUGGCAAGACAAUGCGUUGACGUAUGGUUCACAACCGAAAGAUCUUGCUAUUCGCAGUGCCGUACAUGACAUAAGCAAGAUCCAUCCCGAAAUAAAGCACGAAUUUGAGGUUGGAACCGUUCAGGCAUGGUAUAGCGAUCCCACAUCCCAAGGUGCUUUCGCGAAUUUAAAGCCCUAUGAGUACAUAAAUCAUAUGAAUAGCCUGACAAAACCGACAGAAACCGUAUACUUAGCUGGAGAGGCACUGUCCUGGUCAAAUGGUUGGAUUCAGGGAGCUAUAUUCUCCGGGCUAAUGCAAGCCUACUGUUUCCAGUCGCAUCAAGAGGACAAAGAAAUUGUCACGCCUGUAUAUCUAAUGCUUGGAAAGAAAUAG